GCACAUCCUUGGACCACAUCACGUGUCACAGCAGGCCAACCAGGGCCGAGUAUGGUGAUCGGGGCUUUCCGUGCAGCAUGUGCAGAUCAGCCUCGUUCUCUGAGGUCACGCAGAACAAUCUUCGUUGUUAACACUAACAUUUGGAGGCACGGGCGACGAAACCUUGAACGUACCAGUGAAAAUCCAACGAUUUCUAAUUCUCAAACCCGAUAUCAGAAUCAACAAAGGAGCAGCAGCAGCAGCAAAGGGAUCCAACAACCAGGUACAUAUAUUGAACAAGUCUCCAUCCUUGUGAACAUGGAUGUCUGUCAACUACCACCACAGGACACAGACUUCAAAGUGCCAGGUGAUGUCAUCCUCAACAAACCACUCAAGCUACACUUAAAGUGACUGAAGUCCGUGCCAGCUCUUUGUGGAUAGUAUCUUGUACCCAGUGAGAUAAUUUUUUGCCACAAGGUUGUCCUUGAAUCCCUACGUAGUAUGAUGAGUUCAGUGUGUGAGAGAUGUGGAUUACCCGUGAAGUUCCGAGUUAACAUAUUUAUCUUCAGCAACACAUGCUUGUCAUAAGCAGCGACCAACGGGAACAGGUGGUCAUUGUCGCUGACUUGGUUGACAAAUGUCAUCGUAUCCCAAUUGCGUAGAUCGAUGCGUUUUCUGGUCCAGACUCUA